AUGACCGACUCGGGCGAAAAAGAGCCCCCGUCGUCGCCGUCGCAGCCACGACGCUCCUCUCGUCGCCUCGAUAAGCGCACCCCGCCUUCUCUGCGCGUGCUAGUGCGCCUCUUCUCAGCGCUGGAGUUCGGGCUCGGCGCCUUGACGCUGUACCAGCACACGCCCGACUUCGCGGCCGUCAAGCGCGCCGUCGAGAGCUCGUGCCAGCUCAGCUUCACGCCUGCGCACCUGCAGCAGAUCCUGCACCUGCUGCCGGGCGCAUACACUCUCGAAUGGAAGAAGAACACGCGCACGGCGCGCCGCCAAGCGCAGGAAGAGGGAGGCGACUCGCUUCAGGCCCAGCGCCAACGGCUCAAGCAGCAGCCGCCAGUGCUUACUCUGCGCAAGCAGCAGCUGCCACCGCCUGACAGCGACUGCGAGAGCCUCGAGGCUCGCAUCACUCUAUUCUUCAGUAAGGCUAAUACCUACUUGGAGGCGCACGUGGAGACGAUCAAGAAGGAGUUCCCCGACAUGACGGACGACGAGUUGAAGGAGGCUCUGAAGCUCAUUGAGAUCGAGAAGGCCCCGCUGCCCAAGGUGCCAGCGGAGAUUGCGAACGAUGAGAGCCAUGAGAAGCUGGAGGAGGCGCUCGCGAAGCCCGUGCCGAAGGACCUCAAGACGCUACCGGAAUGGCUCAUCAACAAAGUUCGCAAGCAGGAGCUUGGCCGCAAGGACGUAGCAGAGAAUAGUGCCAAGGCGUUGAAGAAGCGUCUGCUGUCGACGCUUCCGCAGCUCAGCGAUCAGCUGCAGUCGCUCGUCAUGGUCACGCGGAAAUCCAUUUUCCCCAAGUCCGAAGUGCUACGCAGACUCGCAGCUCGGGCUCCGAUCAAGGGCAAAAUCGAGGAGCAGCUGUAUAUGCUCGAGUCGCUGGUGCCGGAGUGGCUCACGGUGGUGAUUGACGACGGCAAAGAGUAUAUCAAGCUGUCGACCGGGUGCAAGUACAACAGCAUCAAGGCAUCGCUGCGUCGGGCCAUUUCCGUCGCGGCAUAA